CGUGGUCAGGUGACGGUUGCUGGGCUGCCUGCUAAUGUAUGGGACAUGGCGCACUGGACCCGCUUUGAAAGAGAGCAGGAGAAAGAUGUCCAGCGGCUGAUCUCCAGUGUGAGCGGCCUGUGCGAUGAGAGCGAGAAGAACUACCAGCUUGCGCUGCAGUACGCCUGGUCCAACUUCAGAUUCCAUCGGUUUCUUGAUGUGAGCAGUCACCAGAUACACAGGACCUUGGAUGGGAUCUAUGAAAAGUUUGUGAUCCAUUCAGAUCUGAGUAAAGCUGAGAGCUGGAAGCGUCUUACUGAGGAGUUUUUGAACCUUCCUCUUCCAAGCACAGAGGGGACAAAAACAGACACUCAUUAUGCCAUACUGUCUCUUCUUCUUGGUUUGUCUGACUCACCUGCCAAAAAUGACUUUAUUGAAAAGCCAAGAAAGAAACAAGCAGAAGAAGAGGAGCCUUUUGACUGGGGCAAAUACUUGAUGGAAGGGGAAGACAUUGGUCUCAGUGCAGAUGAUGACACGCCGGAGUGGUCUGAUGUAAGUGAGGAGGAGGAUGAUCAAGAGACCCUCAGUAGGGAGGACUCGGGAAUACAGGUUGAUAGGACCCCACAAGAUGAUGGUGAAAAGAAGGCCACUGCUCCUGUAGUAUCAUGGAAAGUUGGGGAGCCUGAUGCACGUACUUGGCUGGAGCAGCAUGUAGUCCCUCAGUACUGGACGCCUCGGGCUAGCAGAUUUUCACACAGUUUACAUUUACAUUCUAAUCUAGCUGCUGUCUGGGAUCAGCAUUUAUACACAACAGAUCCUCUCUAUACACCUGAUGAGAAAACCUUUGUAACUGAAACCCAAGUGAUUCGGGAGACGCUGUGGUUACUUUCAGGGGUGAAGAAGCUUUUUAUAUUUCACUUAAAUGAUGGAAAAGUUACUGUCAGGAAUGACAUUGUUGUGACACAUAUGACACAUAAUUGCCUUAGGUCUGUGCUUGAACAAAUCGCAGCCUAUGGCCAAGUCGUGUUCAGACUUCAGAAAUUUAUGGAUGACGUAACUGGUCAUUGUGCUGAGAAUUCACUGCCAGGAACGCUACCAACUACAAAGAAAGGCGCUGAAGCCCCCUUCCGAACAUAUCAGGCUUUUAUGUGGGCUUUGUAUAAAUACUUCAUGAGCUUUAAGGAAGACCUUUCCGAGAUUGAGAAAUGCAUUAUUAAUAAAGAUGAAACCAUCACUUUGGCAAUGGUGGUUGAGAAGUUGGCUCCUCGGCUUGCGCAGCUUAAAGUCUUGCAUAAAGUUUUCAGCACUGGCAUUGCAGAGGUGCCUCCGGACACCAGGAAUGUUGUGAGAGCGUCUCAUUUACUUAAUACACUGUAUAAAGCUAUUCUGGAAUAUGACAACGUAGGAGAAGCGUCAGAGCAAACGGUAUCACUUCUAUUUUUCCUUUGGGUAGAGACUGUGAGGCCGUAUUUAGAAAUAGUCGAUGAGUGGAUUGUCCAUGGAAAUCUCUUUGAUCCUGCAAAAGAGUUUAUUAUUCAACGAAAUAAAGAUGUUCCUGUUGACCAUCGGGACUUUUGGUAUGCCACGUACACUUUGUAUAGUGUCUCAGAAAAGACUGAGAAUGAAGACAAAAUGAGUGACAAUGCCAGUGCCAGCUCAGGCAGUGACCAGGCUCCCGCCAGCAGGCAGCACACUAUGGUCUCCUUUCUGCGGCCUGUACUGAAACAGAUUAUUAUGGCUGGGAAGUCCAUGCAACUAUUGAAAAACCUUAAAUGCAGAUUGUCCCAGCAGCAGGAUUCAUCGAGAGAUGCAGAUAGGAAAAGUUUGUACAAUCUCUUCCUAGAAUCUGUGCAGUCCCGACUACAGCAUGGAAAAGAAUCGGGAACUGAUGCCAUUACAGAACAGCAAGUGAACAAGCAGAGUCUAAUAAAGAUGCAGUCAAUAGUAGCUAAGUACCUGGAACUAAAUGAUAUACACGAUCCACUACUUGCCAUCAACUUUGCAAGGUUGUACCUGGAGCAGAGUGACUUCCUCGAGACCUUUACCUGUGAAGAGAUCAGUGUGGAUAGAUCCUCCGAAUCUGUUACUUGUCAGUCGUUUGAAUUAACCCUUCGCUCGUGCCUUUAUCCCCACAUUGACAAACAGUAUCUGGAGUGCUGCGGAAACCUCAUGCAGACUCUGAAGGAAGAUUAUAAGCUGGUAGAAUAUCUACAGUCGAUGAGAAAUUUUUUCCUACUUGAAGCUGGAGACACUAUGUAUGAUUUCUACACCUCGAUAUUUGAUAAAAUAAGGGAGAAGGAGCAGUGGCAGAAUAUUGUUUUUCUUAAUGUCCAGCUGCAGGAAGCAGUCGGUCAGCGGUAUCUGGAGGACAGUGCCCGAUUAUCCCUCUUCUUUGAAAAUGUUGACUUGGCUAAGAAGAAGCUUCCAGUUCAUACAUUAGACGGCCUUGUACUGAGUUAUAAGGUGCCUUGGCCUGUUGAUAUAGUUAUCAGCUCAGAGUGCCAAAAGAUUUAUAACCAGAUCUUUCUUCUUUUGUUGCUAAUAAAGUGGGCAAAAUACAGCUUGGAUGUCCUGCAAUUUAAUGAACUUGUUAGCGCGGCUGAGAAGGAAUCUCCAAAAGAGGAGUCUGGAUCCGAACACCAGCAACAACUACCUUCUCAUCUAGUAACGCCAGCAGAGCCUAAGGAACAGCAGAUCCAUCGCAUGUUUCUCCUUCGGGUCAAGCUUAUGCAUUUUGUCAACAGUUUGCACAAUUAUAUGAUGACCAGGAUUCUUCAUAGCACAGGACUGGAGUUUCAACAUCAAGUAGAGGAAGCAAAAGAUCUGGACCAACUGAUUAAAAUUCAUUAUAGAUAUCUGUCUACCAUUCAUGAUCGCUGUCUUUUAAGGGAAAAGGUGAGCUCUGUAAAAGAAGCCAUAAUGAAAGUGAUGAAUGUUGUGCUGAUGUUUGCAGAUCGCUGGCAUGCUGGUUUCGGAGCAUGGAAGGCAGAAUAUAUCCUGAAGAUGGAGUCUGAUUUUACAAACUGUCACAAGUUUCUUGUAAAAGUAUUAAAUAAGGCAGUCUGCAGGGGCUCGUUUCCACACUUGGAAUCUUUGGCUUUAUCUCUUAUGGCUGGCAUGGAGCAAACCUAGUCCUGGUUC